AUGAAUCUCGACCUCUCCAUACCAAGCAAGCCGAAGGGAAUCCGCUUUGCAUAUCUAGAAUGGGAGCUCGCAUCCGACACCAGUCAUGCAACGAAUGGUGAAGAUACUUCGGCCGUGAGUGAUGAUGGAUUUGAAUCCACUGCAUCUACAAACAGUCUUCUGGCCAAUACUACUAUUACAUUCAAGCCUUUGCACCCUCCGUUGCCGCAACAUUUGACGACUCAUCAGGAAACUCAACUGACAGAACAGGUUUUGGAUUUAUAUAAUACUCUGAGACCGCGAGACGAGUUUAAGACUGCUAGAAUGGGAUUUCUGGAAAAGCUACAGGGAAUUCUGGAUAACACCUGGCCAGAUCAUUCGAUAACAGCCUAUUUAUUUGGAUCGUCAAUAAACGGAUUAGGAACCGAAUCUAGUGAUGUCGAUAUAUGUCUAGUAACGCCAUGGGAAGAUUUAGAGAAUGGAGUGGCCAAUGUACAUGUGUUUGCAAAUGCGAUGAGAAGGAAUAAAAUGCAAAACGUAUAUACGAUUAGUAAAGCAAAAGUGCCUAUAUGCAAAUUUUAUGAUCCUAUUUUUAAUGUAAAUUGUGACGUCAACAUAAAUAAUACCCUCGCAUUAAGGAAUACCGAAUUCAUCAAAGCAUAUGUCGAAUUGGAUGACAGAGUGAGACCGCUGCUGCUGGUUCUCAAACAUUGGACUAAGCAGAGAGAUCUCAAUGAUGCUGUAAAAGGCGGAACGCUGAGUAGUUAUUGUUGGGUGCAAAUGUUUCUCAACUUUUUACAAACUCGCAAUCCCCCUAUACUGCCGUCACUGCAAAAAUUAUAUCUGGAUCAACUACGAAAUGGGACUGCAGGUCCACCCAAAAUGGAAGAUGGUGUAGACUGCUCUUUUUAUUCCGACCUCGACUCUCUCAAAGAUUUUGGUCAUGCAAACACCGAGUCGUUGGGAGCACUGCUAUAUACCUUCUUCCGUAAAUUUGCUGUAGAGUUUGAUUACGAUACCCAUGUGAUAUCAGUCAGAUGUGGAUGCUAUCUGACAAAGGAAGAAAAGGGCUGGAAUAUGGAGAUGGACCGAAUGUGUAGGCACCUGUGUAUAGAAGAACCAUUCACCACCACACGAAAUCUGGCAAACUCGGCUGAUGCCACUACUGUAGUUGGAUUACGAUGGGAAUUCGAGACCGCAGCUCAUAUACUGUCGACGUCUGUCGAUUUGGAUGCAGUGUGUCAAAAGUAUACUCCGAAAAUAAGUAGUAGGUCACCGAUGACAUACUCGACUGAUGUAUAUGGAAAUGGCAUAAUUGUCUCGUCUGAUGCCAACGGAAUGCUCCCAGCUGCAGCAUUGAAUGGAAAUGGACCACAUAAAAUGAAUGGUACGAACGGCGGUCACUAUAGUAACGGUAGUGGCAAGUCCAGAGGUGGUCAAUCAAAUAAUUGGAGGAAUAAUAAUCGAAACUACCAUUCAUCCAAUAACGGAUACGGCUAUUCCUCUUAUCCCUCAUCAUACUAUAAUUCCAACAGUUAUAAUUUCUCACAGCAGCAAUCGUAUGCGGUGUCGUAUUCUUCUAGGCAGGGCAUGUCACCGUCAACAUCUUCACAAGGUGGAUUUGAGUCAGGCACUUCACCAGAUCUGCCAAACUCUCCAAUGGAAGAUCGUCGAAAUGCUGCUACGAAUACAGAGAGGAGAGUCUUCCCAGCCGAGUAUCAUGGAACGAGUAAUUCCAACGACGAGGGGCGACAACCAAAAGCUCUUUCUCAACCUCGUGAAUACCCAGAAUACAAUGAACGAGUAUUCGAUGAGUUUGGUAUUAGAGAUUAUGGUGUCAAGGAUUACCGGUCUACUAAUGGAUAUCAUGGUGGUGCAAAGUCAAAUCAUGACAGAAGGUAUGAAACACAAAAACCACCUACACAACCUCAGCCGCAUCAUCAACAGCAGCAGCAGCGUCAGCGUUCUUCAUCAUCUCAACAUACACAACAACAGCAGCACCAACAAAACCGAAAUCACGAUAGACAAGACAGACGAAAUUAUUCGUCGAGUCCGGUACCAGUCGUAGCUUUAGAACACAGGGGCACUCAGACUGGUGGAUUAGGAAUGCCACCUAGUCGUCCACCUCUAGUAAAUGGUAUAACGAGUCCUACUUUGGCUGCUGGUGUAUCUCGAGUUGAUGGCAGGUCUGAGUUUGUGAUGAGGGAUGAGGUGAGAGAAUCCGCAACACAGACGCCAUCAUCUCCGUCUAUAUCUGCUAGUUUAGGACGAACCUCUCCUGCAGUACUACCAACAUCGAGCCUGCCACUUCAUCAUCAAACUCAUACUUCUACUGCCUUUCUAUCGUCAUCCAUGUCCUCUACGGCAUCGUCUGCAUCGUCGUCGUCAGCUACACCAAAUCCGCACCAAUGGGCUGAUGUAAGGCAAGAAAGAAGAGCUUCAGCGCCACAACAUUCCAUGGAUGUAGUAGCAAUACCACCGAGUCCCGAUACCUAUGCUUCCGCUACAACGACGUCUAGUGAGUCUCCUCCACCGAUAGAAGAUUCUCCGUGUCCAUCGCCGGAAGAUAAUAAUAUUGAUGCACCUUCUGAUCAACCGAAACGAAAGGGUAAAGCGAUGAAAAAGGGAGUCAAAAUAUGGUCAAAUUCUUCUCAACGAGAAGCCAAGCAACCUUUUAAUGUGUGGCCCACGUUACCGGAAUCUAAUGAGGAUGGAAGUAAUAGUGGUGGCAGCAGUCAAUUUGGUGGUCGGCCUAAUAGCAGUCAUUCCACCACGCGAUCUCGUCGACAUGAGAUUAGAGAUCAUCAUCGACACCCACAUCAGAAUAGUGGGCAUCCUGGUCGUGGUGAUGAUGCUGGAAAUCGCAAGAGAUCUUCUUCCGUCCCACCGUCUCAAAGUCCAAGGGAUCCAUCAUGGACGUUGGCCAAUAGUGCUGGCUAUGUAUCUGGGUCGGUAACUCCUGCUGGAUUCUCGACACCCCCUUUAGCACCGAUUCUACCAAGGCCAGAAUCAUAUCGGGACGCAUUGGAACGAGGCCGAUAUGCCGAAAUGGUAUCCAGUAAUAUUGGUAGCAAUAGUAAUACUGCUGUAGUAGGAAACAUCGUACCAACCUCUGAGAGCUUCGCUUUGGACGAAGAAACAGUAGCAGCUCCAGUGGCAUCGGAUCGAUCUAAUGCACGAUGGAAUGGUAUAUUCAACAACAGCAAUAGUAGCAACGGUAGCACUAGUGCUUCAAACCCAUCUGGUGGUAAUGCUAGAAGGAAUGGAGGCUCUUCCUAUCGUGGCACGAGAGGUGGCGGGAGAGGGAAAGGUGGCAAAUCUAGAGGAGGAGGGUCACAUCAACAGCAGCAGCAACAUCAAAAUGGUAACGGACCCCAUAUUGCAGUUGCUCCCUCGCCAUCAACCUCCACAAGAACGGAGCAAUCUCGUUCUCCACAGCCGCUACUAGCUGCUUCUCAGCCUCUUAUGGUACGGUCUAGUCGUGACAGGACAGUAUCAGAGUCUGCCGUGUUGUCUGAAGCCCAUCAUGGUGCAAACACAUACCAUCACUUCCAUCAAUCCCAUCUCCCACAUGUCAUGCACAUUGCUGCACAGCAUCCUGAAUCGACCAUAUAG